GAUGAUUACGCUUUCGUGAGAAAGGAUGACUAUGUAGUCAUCCUGAGCACCUCUGACCAGCCUUACCAGUUGCAAGAAGAACAAUUGGACAGAAAAAACUGCCUUGUUUAUGCUGAGCACGUUAUUCUCAGUGGAAAGCUAGAAUUGCGGGGAAGAAAGACGUUCGGAUUGUUCUGUUCCCGGUUAACCAUUGAAGGGCCCUCUUCGAUCAUUAUUUCGGGAGAGCAAGGAAAGAACCAGAUGCCAGUUACCAAAGGACCUGGGAUAGAUGGUGGCGAUGGAAACGAUAGCGGAGACAUCUGGAUCUUUGUCCAAGAUGUUCCCAGUAACAUAGAAAAGCUGACAGUGAUGGCCAACGGAGGGAAGGGAGGUCGAGGGGGAGAUACCACUGAACACGGUCAAACAGGCGGAAAGGGAGGAAAUGGGGGAAAGUCUGGUAAUGUGGAAAUCCUCUACGGCUCGGUCCCGAUGCAAGUGUACCUGGACUUUCCAACACUUCGAAAGCAGUUUUGGCUGCAGAGAGCACUUGACUUCCAAAAAGGAUACUCAUGCCGCUAUCUCCCCACAUAUGUUACAGAAACGAUGCAGAUGACUCUGAACCUGUAUCUAGGACUAGGAAAUGCAAUGCGAGACCUCGCUAGUAUCCUGAGCGACCGGCGACUAGCAAGCCCAGUGGUUGAGACCACGCUGGCGAAGCUAGAAGUUAUUCAACAUUCGACCGACGCACCGCCCAGGGUUCAUUCCUCAGCCAUCUCUGAACUUAUCAACGCCAGAAAAGAGAUUCAGAAAGUGGUCCAAAUAUAUCGCCAUCCCAAUGUCGACCGCAUUUUGCAAGACCUUUCGAGGCUCUUGGAGGAUCUGACCCCUCAGCGUCCGUCUGACCUGAGUGAGAUACUCGGGGAUAUUUUCCAGGACGUGAACCGCGACUUGGGAAAGCUCAAAGACCAAAUCAAAUGGAAAUGCGAGUCAAUUCCAGGCCCUGGUGGCGUCGGUGGCACAAGCGGUACUCCAGGGGAUCCACCAGGGGAGCAUGGCAAAGAAGGGGAGGCCACUGGUCGCAUCACAGUCAAAAACCUUCAUCUGAACGGGGAUGCCGAAGACCUGGAGGCGACCCAGGCGUUUGCAUUCCCAGAUCAGUGCCAGAUGCUCCUGAAUAGAGCUAAUCGGUAUUUCUUCGCCGAUAGCAAUUCUGCAAGGGAACAAGCCUCGGACAUGUACCACACACUCCUGAACCGAUUGCAAUUUCUGGACAAACUGGAUGAGCAGAAAACCUCACCCUUGGCUAAGGCCUAUGAUGACCUGGAGCGCACAUGGAAGGUGACGAUUAGUGGCACCACGCAGCUCCGUUCAAUAUUUUCAGAGGGUAAGAGUCGGUUUAAUAGAUUAUUGCUUGGACAGGAUAUGUUCGGUCACACAGCUCUAUGGGUUCCGCGCAUGUCAUUUCUCCACUACCACACCUCAGUGGGGGACCAACUGCGCUUCUUAGAAAAACAGGAGGGCACUGUCGCUGCGUUUGAGAAGGCGUUAGAGGAAGGCCAUGAGACGACAAUAUUUAUUAAAGACAGCAUUAAGGAGCUCGAUUCCAGCAAGCAAGCAGCAAAAAGCCAAAUCAAUCUCCUCGAGGGCAGCAAUGGGCCAUUAUCCACAGUGGCUUAUAAGAUUGAAACAUUCACACCAAUACUAAAAGAAAAACGAGAGAAUGUUAGGAAGAAAAUUGACGAGAUUGAAUGGAUCCCUCAGUUCAACCCUAGCCUACUUCUUGACGGCUUUACAACUCUUAUUACGGCCUCGUUUGACCGCGCCACUCUUUCCAAGUUUAUCGAAUUUGGGUACCAGGACUAUUUGUCUACCACCCAAGAAAAAGGGAUGUCAACGGUGGUGGAAAAAAAAUACAUUAUCCAUCAACUAACUACAACUGCUGAUACUCUGGAGUCGUUUUCUGAGGCCCUGAACACCAACAAGGAUAAUACCAUCCAGUUAGAUGACCCUGGGGCUUUGAAGGUGUUUGCGACCAAGAAUGCCAUCGAGAAAUUGCUUGAUGAGUUUAGUAGCGCGAUCCCGGAGGAGCAGAGGAAAGCGAUCAGUGAAGCCUUAAAAGACUAUGUAGAAAGCGUGCUCACCAGAAACAAUGCAGUGGUUGAGUACAACACUUCGGUCCUCCUCCUCCUCGACUCAUAUCAGACUCUAAAAUACUGUGAAGAGCAGAUCAAAAACCUGGGCAACCCAACUAUCAAAAUCGACCCGAGCCUUCCAUCAGUUAUCUUCUGGCUGAGGAAGAUGCGGGACGCGUUGCGACUACGAUUACUGCAAUAUCUUAACUACGAGAGUCGGGCCAUCAAAUACUGGGGGCUAUUUGACAACCUCCCUUCUUCCUUGCCGGGACCGUUGAUAGACCAUAUUGCCUUGGGAAACCAACAACAGGACCUGCAAUCCUCUUUCGAAAGUGCUCUAGAGAUUUAUUCAAUUAGCGCGCGAGGCAUAUGGCCACCCAAGGAGGAUGACGUGGGCAGAGUAUAUCAACUAACCGCGGAGCAGCGGAGCGCCUUGACUACCCCUUCAGACGAUGGGGACUACAUCACCUUUGUAACCAUCGGCCCGGAUAACGCACAGGGUAUCUUCCAAGACUGGAUAGAUAUCCGUCUUCGGGAGGUGCGUGUUUGGCUAUUCGGAGUUGAAAUCCCCGUCCCGGACUAUGUUGGAAGAAAACACCUGUCCAUCCACAUCACCCACCAGGGCGAUGAGUCCAUUAUUGACCCUCGAGGGGAUCGAUUCGAGUUUUCACAUGAUUCUCUAAAUGUGCCAUUUGUAUAUGAUAUUACUAAGGUGUCCAACAUUAAAGAGGUCCCGGGUGGAUCGGUAUUCACUCGUGCGGAUCUCGAGCACGACUUUAGUAUAGGUGGAAUACCAAAAGAGAGCAGCCGUGCGCCUCUAGGACCAUUCGCCACAUGGAGACUGAGGAUUUCUACCAAGGCCCAUCCAGGGAUCAAAAUGGAUGGGCUCACAGAAGCAUACAUUGAAUUUCGUGGGUCCUACAGAUUGCUAUGGCACUAAGC